CGCAUUUGGUUGAGCUUCACGGCUGCUUACGACAAGGAGUCUUGGCUACGCUCACAAUAUAUCGACCUUACACACACUGCUACACACGUUCGCACGCCCAUUCACCCCCCACCCUCUCCCCCAACCCCCCGCCACGCACUCAUCGUCCAUCCAUGAGCAUGCCUGCUGGUAGGUAGGAGGUGCCAUCGCUCCCGGACCUUCAACGCAGGGCUGACGAUAGCAUUCCAACCAGCACGACAGUGCCUCACUCGCCGUUGUGUAUGUAUCACAGACACCGCCAUCCGUGGGUCAUUCUUGAAGGCCUCACGCGCCUCUCGUGCACCCCAGGUUGCCGUCGCCAUGAAUACGACGGUCCCCUCAGGUGUACGAGAAGGGUGUGAGGCCUCCAGGAAUGAUCGCUUCAUCGAAAUCGGGCAAGCAGAAACCAACCAGACGACAACACCAGCCCCGCCUCUCUUGUCUGCAGCCAUCACGACACGGCUACCCUCCUGUACAGACUCAUGAAUGGAUCGACGAUACGUAUGUGCGUGUGUGUGUGUGUAUGUAUACUAUGGCACAAGAGCAAGACAAGCCAACCACACCGCCCCAUCCCCUCCUCUCUAGCCAGAUAGCCAGCUACGCCCGCAUUCCUCCGGCUCUCGCAUCUAUCAGUCAUCUAAGUGCCGCCGCCCGUCCUUUUCUACACGGCGUGUGUGUGUGUGUCGUCAUUUGCCCUCGCGGAAGAAGUCGUCGGCCGAGGGCGGCGGGCCGUCGGGGCGGGCGGCACCGCCUCCCGAGGGAGAUGACGGGGGCGACCUAGAAUAUGGACCGCCUGACAAAGCCACAGGACAGGCAAAGGUGCGGGCUGGUCGGGGGAGGGAUGUGGGGAGGGCUGUGGGUGAGGUAUAGGUGGUGUACCUAUGUUCAUGUUGUAUGGUUCCUCGAGCAGCUGUGUGAUGGCCGCCGGGUUGGUGAACACCUGCCACCCGUACAGCGCCGGCAAAAUGGACUGCAUCAGGAUCACACACACACACACACACAGAGAGAUGGACACGGACAUGGACGAAGGUGUGCGUGUGUGUUGAAUGGGUGUACCUCUAGCAGCGUCUGGAGUGCUUUGAAGUCGCCUAAGGUGCCCGUCACCUGCACCUCCUCAUUGCUCUUGCGAUCCUGACACACACACAGCACAUGCAGGUAGGGAUCCUCCGAGUGUGCCCGUCCGUGCGUGUGUGCGCCGGCAGGUCGUGUUUGUUACCUUCAUGACGAAGGCCACCCUCUCGGGAUCGGAGGCAUCGUUUCCCACACUCAGUAUGGUCUGCAGACACGCACAAACACAGGCAGACUCCAUGCGAUGUGGUGGGCUGGAUGUGGUGUGGCGAAGAUGUACCUUCUCCGAUGUGAUCUGCACCGACACCUCCGCGAGAUUCGUGGCCGAUAUCAACGAACUGAAGACCAGACAACACACACACGUUUGGAUGGUUCCCUCAGUGUGCCUUUGUAUGGGUCGGCCACCGACCCACCCUAGAUGCUGCGGUUUGAGCAGCAUCAUCUGCUUCCUCUCCUUGUCGUACUUGGACAUCCUGCACACAACACGCGCACCAGCACACAGUCUAUCCAUCGCCCCCGCCCCCUCCCUCUCCCUCUCCCUCCCUCCCUCUCAGCAAGUGCGUGCAUCUCCCAGACCUGGCCUUGACGUCCAGUUUGGGCAUGAAUAUGGCCCUGACAGAUCCGUCAUUGGCCACCUUGAACUUGCGCAGCUCCCGGUCCCACUUGUACAACGCCGGCACGGGGCUGAACAUGGCCAUCGCCUCCCGACCCCAGAUGGUGAAGCUGCUCGGGAAGAUCUGCGACGCACUCAUCGCUCCCUGUGGCUGCUGCUGCUGCAUGGGCGGGGCGGGGAAGGGAGGAGGGGACUGGACGGCCGCAGGCGGCUGGUGUGAGGGAUCUUCGUCGGUCUGCUGCGUGGCCAUGGCUGCUGCCGCACUCGAGAAGGGCCGGAAGAGCGCUGCGGAGUGCUGGAGUGUACUGCCAUGUGAAAGGGGGAGAGCAACGAAGGGACGAGGGAUGCGGACGAGACCUCGAAAGAAGGACAUGGAUGCGGCGCUGCGAGCGAAAGAAACGGCUCAGUUUACGCACAAGUAAGGCGCCCAGGCAAGCUGAGCGCGGUGCACGACCCCCCUAGUGGAUGGGCCGAUUUGCG